AUGGCGGCCAUCCUCAAACUCCAGCGCAAGUAUCCCCAGUUUCCACAAAACGAGAUUUUCCAGCUUCAAGAUGCCUUCCGCAAACUCGACGUCGACGACAAGGGCUACUUGGACGAGGCGACGGUCAUCAAAGCCACCCAACAGUCGGAAAGAGAAUCUUACGACGUGGUCAGACAGGCGCUGAAAGAGGUGGACCUAGACAGCUCCAGACGGGUAGAGCUGGAAGACUAUGUCGACUUGAUUGCCAAAGUCCGUCAGUCCUCUCCCGCGCAACAGCGCAUCUCGAGUGGUCCUCAGCGACCAGCCGCGGGCAAUGGGUUGCCGUCGCCUGGCCACGCAUCGAAGUCUAGUCUCGGCGGCAGCACAGGAGGAAGGAUUCAAGUGCAAGGUUCCUCGACCAAUGUCAGACACACCAUCAACGAAGAAGAGCGUACUGCCUUUACAACCCACAUCAAUGCGGUCCUUGCCGGCGAUCCCGACAUCGGUCACCUCCUCCCUUUUCCUACCGAUACGUUCGAGAUGUUCGACCACUGCAAGGAUGGACUGGUGCUGGCCAAGCUCAUCAAUGACAGUGUGCCGGACACGAUUGACGAGCGAGUCUUGAACAGGCAGGGCGGCAAGAUCAAAACUUUGAACGCUUUCCACAUGACCGAAAACAACAACAUCGUGAUUGAAUCUGCGAAAGGUAUCGGCUGUUCCGUGGUCAAUAUUGGUUCUGGGGAUAUCAUUGAAGUCCGCGAGCAUCUGAUCCUGGGCUUAAUCUGGCAGAUCAUCCGACGGGGUCUGUUGGGUAAGAUUGAUAUCAAGCUACACCCGGAACUGUAUCGGCUGCUUGAGGAAGAUGAGACUCUGGAGCAAUUCCUGCGACUUCCCCCCGAACAAAUUUUGCUCCGCUGGUUCAACUACCACCUCAAAAAUGCAGGCUGGCCUAGAAGGGUGGCCAACUUCUCCGGCGACGUCAAGGACGGCGAAAACUAUACGGUCCUACUCAAUCAAUUAAAACCAGACGUUUGCUCGAGAGCUCCCUUGCAAACCCGAGACCUUCUGCAGCGUGCUGAACAAGUCCUGCAGAAUGCCGAGAAGAUUGACUGCCGAAAAUUCUUGACCCCAACGGCUCUUGUGGCUGGAAACCCCAAGCUGAAUCUCGCCUUCGUUGCCAACCUCUUCAACACCCAUCCUGGUCUUGAUCCGUUGACUGAAGAAGAAAAGCCAGAGAUUGAAGAUUUCGACGCGGAAGGUGAACGGGAAGCCCGAGUCUUCACUCUCUGGCUCAAUAGUUUGGACGUGCAACCCCCGGUCCAUUCUUUCUUCGACGAUCUGCGGGAUGGUACAGUCCUUCUCCAAGCCUACGAAAAAGUGAUUCCCGGGAGUGUCAACUCGCGCCAUGUCAAUAAGCCCCCCGCGCAUGGCGGCGAGAUGUCUCGCUUCAAGAUGGUGGAGAACACGAAUUAUGCCGUCGAACUGGGCAAGCAGAACCGGUUCUCCCUCGUCGGGAUUCAAGGCGCCGACAUCACGGACGGUCAGAAAACACUGACGUUGGGUUUGGUGUGGCAGCUCAUGCGUCGAGAUAUCGUCAGCACGCUUUCAGGCCUUGCACAGCGUAUGGGCAAACGCGAGUUGUCCGACUCGGACAUGAUCAAAUGGGCCAAUGAUCACUCACGCAAAGGCGGCCAAAACUCGUCGGUCAGGUCGUUCAGAGACCCAGCCAUUACCAGCGGCAUCUUCCUCCUCGACGUACUGAACGGGAUCAAGAGUGGCUACGUCGACUACGACCUGGUGACGCCGGGAAAGAGUCCUGAGGACGCGUAUGCAAAUGCCAAAUUAUCCAUCAGCAUUGCCAGAAAAAUGGGUAUGUUUGAGUUUGGGCCGGCCGUGUGGUUGACAAUGCCAGGCUAA